UUUGUUUUUUCUUUUCUAGUUAUCUUUGGCUGAGAAAGUGUUCUAGGUUGUCCGAAUCUCAAACAGAAGGUGUUCUAGAGUUUUGUCGGAAUACCAUGGUUCUCAAACCUUGCUCCGAGACAGACAGAGAUUCGAGCAACUUUAAGGAAGUAUCCAUGGAAGCAUCUUCAGUGGUUCUCAAACCCUGCGCAGCCUUGACGACGAGGGAAGGGUGUUCAACGGAGUUGAGGAGGGAGGCGACAGAUGAUCCCAUGGAAGUUUCUUCAGUCGCUGACGAUUCGCUCCUGAGAAAACGUAAGGCCGAGCUCGAUCCAGAGGAAGAGGAAGAGAGCGAUGGUGAGAGUGAUGAAAGAGGCGGGAUUGAGGAGCGCGAGGAUGAUAAGAUAGAUCUCUUAGAGGUACCCGAGUGGGAUGUGGACAGCUUCGAUGGUGUAGUGUAUACUUCCUCUUCGGACCCUGACCUUCCCCAACAUUACCAGCCUUAUGAAGACAUGGAGAAUGCUAGAGAACACUAUCGCAUCUAUAAACAGCAGCUCAUCACCAGCAAGGGAUUCAUGGUGGAUCCAUCGCUUAGGCCAAGUGAUAGGUACAAAGGAAUCAAGCCGGUGAGUUUUGACGAUGGAGGGGCUAACCCCAAAACCUUCCGCGAUUACUGUGAGGAGAUGGCCAUCAUAUGUCUUCAAAGACACAACCAAGACAAGGAUUCCAACGUGGAGUUUGUUGAAGUGGUAAGAGGUAACUAUCGAGGAGGCCCGAGACCCAAGUCAUACAUUACAUUCAUGGCCAGGGAGAUAUCCUAUGGACCUCUUGUUGAGUAUCAAGCCAAGGCUAUGGCUACUCUUGACAGAAAGUUUCAUCCCAUCCUCUGUAGACCGGCUCCUACUAACUAAGGAUUUUCUCUUAGCCAGUUUUAGAUUCAAACGUAUUUAGAUGUUGAUGUCAUAGAUGCUUUUUUGGCUUCGAAGAUGUGUGAAUAUGCAUGAUAUGGUGUCUUAUACAAUAAGCACACACACAUGUAUAAACAUAUAUAAUAUUACCAUAUGAACUAAUUUGCUCAUCUCA